GGGGCGGGAGCGCGGGGGUCGGCCCGCCGCAGCCCACGUGCCGCCCCCGCCGCCGCCGCGCUGGAGGCCAUGGUGCUGGACCCGGGGUCGGCGGCGGGCGGAGGGCUGGGGACCGGCGCCGCCCCGCGCCUUCCCGACCGCCAUGACCCACCGCUCUGCUCCUGGCCGUCCCCCCCGCCACCGGCCCCGGGCCCCGCGCCCCGUUGCCCUCGGGGAACCCGGCGUUUGUCGGAAACCGGCGCCGGGAUGCGGCGGAGCGAAAGCGCGGGGAGGCGCGGGGGGGGGAUGCGCGCCGCCGCUUCCCUGCCCCACAUCGCGCGGGGGCGGGGGGAGGAAGGCGGCGGGCGGCGGAGCCCCUGCCUGCUCGUGGCGCUGCGGCCCCGCAACGUGGAGGCGGAACGGGAGCGGUUCUUCCGCGCCAGCUUCGCCUACGACCCGCAGUUCGAGUACGCCGAGCCGGUCCCCGCCGCCGUGCUGGAUAAAUACGGAGCCGCCUCCGAUCGCUUCGUCGCUCAGGCGAUCAGGAUCAUUCGUGCCGUCCUGGAAAAGUACGGGACCUAUGAGAGCUUCGAAGUUGCCACGGGUGGGAGGCUGCUGAGCAAGUGCCAGAUCUGGUCCGUUAUCCGAAAGUACAUGCAGAAGGAAGGCUGCGUGGGAGAGGUGGUGGUGCAGCUCACUGAUGACCUCCUGUCCCAGGCAGUGAUGAUGGUGGAGGACAGCCGGCCGACGCUGGCCAUCAACCUGGCCGGAGCCCGGCAGCACUGGCUGGAAGGGAUGCUGCGCCACGAGAUAGGCACCCACUACAUCCGGGGGGUGAACAACACCCGCCAGCCCUGGCACAGCUCUGAGGGUCGCAAGCAGUACAGCCUGAAGCCUGCCAACCCCACGGAGGAAGGCUUGGCCAGCCUGCACAGCGUCCUCUUCCGCAAGCAGCCCUUCCUGUGGCGGGCAGCCCUGCUCUACUACACCAUCGAGCGGGCCAGCCGCCUCUCCUUCUCCGCCCUCUUCCAGGACCUGGAGCAGUAUGUCCAGGAUGCCGGUGUCCGGUGGGAAUACUGCGUGCGGGCAAAGCGGGGCCAGACCGACACCUCACAGCCAGGCUGUUUCAGUAAGGACCAGGUCUACCUGGAUGGGAUUCUCCGCAUCCUGCGCCAUAGGCAGACCAUCGACUUCCCGCUGCUGGCUGCACUUGGAAAGGUCUCCUACGAAGAUGUGAAUCGGCUGAAGAAAUUUGGGGUCCUGGAGAAGGCUCGCAUCCCCCAUUUCAUGCAGGACCUGGAGCAGUACAUGAAGCAGCUGGACCACAUUGUCACCACCAAUGGCCUGAACGAGGAGGAGCUGGAGCAGCUGCUGCCUGACUGAGGGGCAUUCCCCCCCCCCCAAACCAGUGCCCCAAGGGUGUAAAACUGGUGCCAUUUAUUGGAUAUUUAUUGGGGCUGGAGCCUGGAGGAGACGGCAGAGCCUGGGCCUCCUCCCCUGUGCCCAGGCAGCUGCUGUGCAUGUACUGGCUAUGUAGGGUAGCGUGGCCAAGAGGGCCGGUGUGGUUAGUGUUGAUGUGUGUCCCCCCCACUGUCCCCUGUGCAUUUUGGGGACGGCUGCGUGGCUUUGGGGAGCUGGAGAAGAGGGUUCAGAGGGAGUGAGGACAGAGCUGGGGUGAUGCAUGGGUUCCCCAGAGGUGCAGGAGGCUGUGCUGGGGUGGUUGCAAUAGGGGGACCCUUAGGGUACCAGCGGGUGUUCCCAGCAGAGCGGGGGCACCUACUCAGGGCCAGCAGAUGGGGCUGGGGGCUCUGGGCUCUGCCUGGCAGCCCUGGCAGGGAAUAAUCCCCCUGUGUAUGCAUUUCCCACCCCCCACCCCUUCCCUCAUGUUCCCCCCCCAGCAGCAGAAAGGACUUUAAUCCCCCAACUACCCCUCUCUGCUCUCCCCCCUCCUUAUAGAUAUUUGCCCACAAUUAACCAUUGCUCUGUACCCCAACUACAGCCACUCUGCCUGGCUCUGAGGCACAGGAGAACUCCAGGUGGGGACUGGGCUUGAUGUAAGGAGAAAACGUGUAAUAAAAAUGAUGUAAUGGAAACAA